GGGGAAAAAGGCAGAGACCCGGCAUCCAGGCUAUCCCCCGCGGCUGCCGUGGCCUCAGGUCCAGCCAGGCGCCGCGUCCGGAGAACCCAGACCGCGUCUGGGCGGUGCGCAGUGCUCCUGAGCGAGCUUCCACCGGAGGAGUGCUCCUGAUUGUGACAUCACACCACCCCUUGGCCAUGAACAUUGUCACUAGGAAGAGGAACUCAGUUGGAGAGUAGCCAACAAGAUGGGACACUUGGAGCAUCUCCUGAGCGGCACUGAGAGGAGGCAUCAGGGGGUUGGAACCUUGUAAACAGGGAACCUGCCCCCACCACCUAGAAGGACCUGGGUUUCAGUGAUGAGACAUGGGGUAUGAUGUAACCCGUUUCCAGGGGGAUGUUGACGAGGACCUUAUCUGCCCUAUUUGCAGUGGAGUCUUGGAGGAGCCAGUACAGGCACCUCAUUGUGAGCAUGCUUUCUGCAACGCCUGCAUCACCCAAUGGUUCUCCCAGCAGCAGACGUGUCCGGUAGACCGUAGCGUUGUCACGGUUGCCCACCUGCGCCCAGUACCUCGGAUCAUGCGGAACAUGCUGUCCAAGCUGCAGAUCGCCUGUGACAACGCUGUGUUUGGCUGCAGUGCUGUCGUCAGGCUUGACAACCUCAUGUCCCACCUCAGUGACUGUGAGCACAACCCGAAGCGGCCUGUGACCUGUGAGCAGGGCUGUGGCCUGGAGAUGCCCAAAGAUGAGCUGCCAAACCACAACUGCAUUAAGCACCUGCGCUCCGUGGUGCAGCAGCAGCAAACGCGCAUCGCAGAGCUGGAGAAGACGUCCGCUGAGCACAAGCACCAGCUGGCAGAGCAGAAGCGGGACAUUCAGCUGCUGAAGGCGUAUAUGCGAGCGAUCCGCAGUGUCAACCCCAACCUUCAGAACCUGGAGGAGACGAUCGAGUACAACGAGAUCCUCGAGUGGGUGAACUCCCUGCAGCCAGCAAGAGUGACGCGCUGGGGAGGGAUGAUCUCCACUCCCGAUGCUGUGCUCCAGGCUGUAAUCAAGCGCUCCUUGGUGGAGAGUGGCUGCCCGGCCUCUAUUGUCAACGAGCUGAUUGAAAAUGCCCACGAACGUAGCUGGCCCCAGGGCCUGGCCACGCUGGAGACGAGACAGAUGAACCGGCGCUACUAUGAGAACUACGUGGCCAAGCGCAUCCCUGGCAAGCAGGCCGUGGUGGUGAUGGCCUGCGACAACCAGCACAUGGGUGACGACAUGGUGCAGGAGCCAGGGCUGGUCAUGAUAUUUGCGCAUGGCGUGGAGGAGAUAUGAUCAUGAAUCUGGCAGUCAGGAGAGGAAGA